CAGUAUCUGUUGUGGGAGGCAGCUUCCUCUCUUUUCCUUUUGCUUUCGCAAACUGUUCCAGACACCAGUGGCUGCAGAGUGCAGGACAGGUGUGGAAGUCUUGUGCCCUUUAUACAGGCAGACUGGCAGCUCCGCAUGCAGUGCCAGGGGCAGAGUCAGGCGCUUGCUGCCCAGCUGAGCUUGGACCAGGACAUGGGGGACCGGGACGGUCUGCGGGACAGGCUGCAGGCGCUGCAGUGCCACUUUACCUGGGACCUGGAUGCCCCUGGCCAGCUCGAACCUGAGCACAUCCUGUUGCGGCUGGCCGUGGAGAUCCAGCACACGCCCCACCACAACCAGGCCACGCUCCUGGCCCUGCGGGCGUUCCUCUGCCAGAGGCUGGGCCACUACCCAGAUGCCCUGCAGAGCCUCCGGGAUGCUGAAGAGCAGCUGAGACAGGAUUUCCCAGACGGGUCCCCUGGGCGGGCCCUGCUGAUCUAUGGCAACUACGCCUGGGUGCACUACCACAUGCGCUCCCUCCAUGAGGCCACGCGCUACCUGGACCGCACCCAGGCGGCCCUCCUAGCCCCUCUGAGCACAGCUCUGACUGCUGAGAUCUCCGCCCAGAAAGGCUGGUCUCUCCUGGCUGUUGGAUUUCGUCAUGGGGAGCGGGCCAGGCAGUGCUUCAAAGAGGCCCUAGUGCAGGACCCAGGCAGCAAGGAGCUCCGCGCUGGGCUGGCCUUGGCCCUCUAUGCUGCUUGGACCCACUGCCCAAAUCCUGAGCUGAAGAUGGAAGCAACAAGACAGAUGGAAGAGGUUGUGCAGCAGCAGCCAGAGAACCGCAGGGCCAAGGUGCAUUUGGCCAGGCUGGUUCAAGAUCAGGAUCAGCAGAGGGCAGAGGCGCUGAUUGCAGAGGCUGUGGAGAGCAGCUCUGACCCUGAAGUCAUUCGUCUGGCAUCCUUCUACUUCCUGAAAAAAAAUGCAGAGCGGUCCACAGAGAUGCUGAAAGAAGCAAUUUCUCUGGACCCUGAUUACCACCUCCUCUACCACGCCUUGGCCAGGUCUUACCGGGAGCAAUGGAAGACAGCAGAGGGGCAGAGGAAGGAGGAGCUGCUGCAGGCUGCGAUCAAGGCCCUGAAGAAAGAAGUCGCUCUCUAUUCAGGUGGUGUGCUCUCCAGGCUGCUGCUGGCUGAGCUGUAUGGAGAGAAAGAUCCAUGGCGGGAGGAGCAGAUGUACCUGAAGCUGGAGCAGGAGGCACCCGGGUUUAGUCUGCAGUGCCGCCAGGCUCUGUGCCUAUACUUCGGGAGGUUCCUCAUUUACAAGAGGAGGGACCUGAAGGAAGCAGCCAAAAAGCUGCAGGCUGGCUACGCCAUCCCCAUCGAGACACAGGAGAGGCGGGAAUGCCGCUGGCGCCUGGAGGAAAUGCUCUCCAUCCCUCCAGUUUCAGACUUUCUAGACCUCCAGCAACCUUUUCUGUUGUCUGCUGGACGCUCUCCAAUCCCUCCAUAUCCUCUUUGAAUCGCUGUGUCAGGGACCAGGCACAGUCCUCCCCAGUGUGGAGCAGGUGGGAGUCAUGUCUGGGGACCUGCCAGAGACACUCGCAGUAACACGCCCCGGGAUGCUCUGCGUUUUCUUGCACAAAUACUGCCCUGCUAACACAUGCUGGACUGCAUUUCACUCUCAUUGCCCUGGGCUUUUUGCCCAGUUGGUCACACCCCAUUCCUCUGUCUACACCUCAUGCUCUAUCCUGAGUGCAAUGUUGGGCUUGUGUCCUUUCUAAUUGCCUCCCCUUGUUUCAGUCCUUGACCCCAAUCGAUCCAGGCAAUUCUGAAUCUUAGUGCUAUCACAUAAAGUGUCUGCUGACCUGCUCCACUUGAUGCCAUCAGCC